AUGGCAAAGACAGACACCCCUACUCCCGCCUCAACGCGUCGCGGAACAAAAGCCGCAGCUACCGCCCCCAAAGCUGAAACAAAAACAACAACUAAGGCCAAGGCCACAGCUCCAGUCAAGGUCACUAAGAAAUCCGCUGCCGCCCCUGCUCCUGCCGCCACCAAGGCCAAUGCUAAGGCUAUCACCACCAAGGCCAUUACCACCAAGGCCAUUACCACCAAGGCCAUUACCACCAAGGCCAUUACCACCAAGGCCACCACCACCAAGGCCAAGACUGCUACCGAGAUGUCUCUUGCCGCUUCUGCCGAGAAGACCCCCGCCAAACGUGGCCGCAAGCCCAAGGCCGAAACAAUUGAUGACCAGGUCUCAAUGCUCGAAAUCGCCACCACAAAGAAGCCAACCAAGAAGACAACCAAGAAGGAAACCGCCGCCGUCGCUUCUGCACCUCCCGCCCCUGCCGCUGCCGCUGCCUCUUCAAGCAAGAAGCGCAAAUCCGAGGCUGAUGAUUCUACCACUCCUCCUGCCAAGAAGCGCGGUCGCCCUCUGGGCUCCGUCAAGAAGGCCGCUCCUGCCGCUGCCGAUACCACUCCCGCCACCACGGCAAGGGCGACAAAGGCCAAGGCGGAGACCAAGAAAGAGGAGCCUGCUGCUGCUGCCGUUGCUGAAGCUCCCAAGAAGCGUGGCCGUCCCGCUGCUGCUGCCACCGCUGCCAAAGCUACCGCCGAAAAGAAUGGGGAAAAGAAGCCUACCAGCAAGAAGAAGGAUUCCGCUGCACCUGUCGCUACCAAAUCAAGUCCUAAGGCCAUCGGAUUGACCGUCGAACGCUGGUAA